UACUCCGGGCCUUAUCCACAGACCCGGACUUGGAACGUGUGUUGAAAACCUUGAGUGACUCAUUCUUCAUAAGAAGUGUGUACUGACGUGCGAACUUUCUUUAUUAAGCUUCCGGAUUGUUUAUUUCUCGGCCCAGUGCUUUCGUACCAACAGUGGAGUUCGUUUGUCGUUUGAUCUAGAAAACUGUUCACUACCAACAGAAACCAUGUCGCUGUACCCGUCCCUCGAGGAUAUGGAGGCUGAUAAAAUGAUUAAAGCCCAAAUCCAGGAAUGCCGUAAGGCUGUACCGGCCCCAUCCUAUGGUGUCCACCCCCCUCAGAGCAUUGGAAUACAGUAUGAAAAUUCUAUUCUGUAUCCUUCACUUAAUGAUUUCAUGGGCAUGGAAAUCACUCCAGAAAUGCUUGCUGCCAAUCAAGUGGCUCUGUUUCCAUCUCAAACAAACACAACAGUAGCUAUCUCGAGCCAUUCUGCACCUUCAGCCCCUUCGUUUGGAAUGGUAGCCCCUCUAUCAGGCCAGAGUAUGGGACUAGCCCGUGGCCAAGUGACUCAUGGAAUUAGAGAAUUAGUUCUGUGCAAAGGAAGUGAUGGUAAAAUAGGAGUUCGCUGUCAGGCUAUUUCAAAGGGAAUUUUUGUAAGCUUGGUACAAUCUGGAUCUCCUGCUGCUCUAGCUGGUUUGCGUUUCGGCGAUCAAAUUCUCCAGAUCAAUGGAGAAAACGUUGCAGGAUAUUCCAUGGAUAAAGUCCACAAUAUCUUUAAAAAAGCGGGAGUAAACAGUAUUCGCGUCGCUGUCCGAGACAGGCCUUUCGAAAGGAGUAUCACCUUACACAAAGAUAGCUUUAGCCACGUAGGCUUUACGUUCAAGGAAGGAUGCAUCACUAGCUUGGUGAAGGAAUCUUCUGCCGCUCGCAAUGGCUUAUUGACCGAUCACAAUCUACUCGAGAUCAAUGGCCAGAAUGUUGUUGGACUAAAAGAUAAGGAAAUUAGUCGUAUCAUGGAUGGUGCUGGAACGUGCGUUACUUUAACAGUCAUGCCCAAGUUCCUCUAUGAACACAUGAUUAAGAACAUGUCUAGCAAUUUGCUGAAAAAAUCGAUGGAUCAUUCCGUACCGGACCUAUAGUGAACGGCGUUUUAUCGGAAGUAACGUAGAUCAAGUCAUUUUGUUUUCUUGCCCAACGAUGGUGCAUGCAGGGUCGACCAAUGAGCCAAUCAGUCGCCCCACACGUUCUAUAUAUUAACACAGUUUCGUGAUCCUCCCUCAAUUGAAUUUAGUUUUCCUUUUUUUCCUUCGUUUUUGACGAUGUGAUUCGAUCAAGAUUUGUUUACAUUCGCUGGUUCUGGUCUCAAAAAAAAACUUUUCUUUCUCGUUUGCCAUAAAAUGAAUAAGUUGGGCGCUAUAUAAUCGACGUUGCUAUAUUAAUCACAAUACAUUCUUUCAAAA